AAAUAAAACGUAAAAACCCAAACCUGUACGACAAUAUGCCUCAGAAACGAUCUCCCCCUUUGUGAUCUUCAAUUCCCCCACAAGGAACUUCAUCACUCACUCUGAAUGAUGCGCACAAAGGUGUUUAUGAUCGGCCAAAAUCGUAUAUUUCUGUAGCUGGGUAUAAAGUUCAUUUAUAGAGUUGUGUUAUCAAAAGGUUGAAAAAUGGGGUGCCCAAAUCAACAGUCUGAAGUAGUCGCAGUUUCCGGAGACACUAAAGGUUGUUCCUGUGCACCUCCCAAAACUUCUUCAGCAUUUAUGGUAAAUUCAGAAAUCGGUGCAGUUUUGGCUGUUAUGAGAAGAAACGUACGGUGGGGAUUUCACUACACAACAGAUGAAGAUCAACUAGACCACCCUCUCAUCACAUCUUUCAAAGAAAUACGAAAACAAGUCUUCUCCUGGCAGCAUCACUGGCACACCAUCAGUCCAGUUAUGUAUCUGCAGCCCUUUUUAGAUGUCAUUCAAUCAGAUGAAACUAGUGCACCAAUAACCGGUGUUGCAUUGUCAUCAAUCUACAAAUUCUUAACCCUUGAAGUUCUUGAUCUGGACACCGUUAAUGUAACUGAUGCGUUGCAUUUGAUAGUUGAUGCUGUGACUAGUUGUCGGUUUGAGGUAACUGAUCCUGCAUCUGAAGAGGUGGUGUUGAUGAAAAUACUUCAAGUUUUAUUGGCGUGUAUGAAGAGUAAGGCGUCAGUUAAUUUGAGUAACCAACAUGUAUGCAACAUAGUGAACACGUGUUUCCAGAUCGUUCAUCAAGCGGGCUCCAAAGGUGAAUUGUUACAGAGAACAGCUCGACACACAAUGCAUGAAUUGAUUAGAUGUAUCUUUAUGCAUCUGUCUGAUGUUUGUAAUAAUAAUCAAGAUUUUACUCCGGGAGGCAGAUCUCAUUCUGGUGACGAGGCCAGCAUUCCGGAUAAAGAUCACUCAUCAGCAAGUAAACCACAGGAUAACGGUUACACCGGUUCAAAAAUCGAGUUGGCUGGCGGUCCGUUAAAUCUUUCCACCAAUAUUCCCGAAGUUAAGAUGGAUCACGAAUCCACCGGUGACGUUGAUCAGAGUAAAACCCAUCAAGUGGCGGAACCCUAUGGCGUUCCAUGCAUGGUGGAAAUAUUCAGCUUUCUGUGUUCCCUAUUGAACGCUGUAGAACAUGUUGGAGUGGGUCCCAGAUCCAACUCUCUAACAUACGAUGAAGAUGUCCCGUUAUUCGCAUUCGGGUUAAUCAACUCAGCCAUCGAGUUAAGUGGGCCCAGUUUGGGCCACCAUCCCGAAAUGUUGGCGUUGGUCCAGAACGAUUUAUUCCAUAGCUUAAUGCAGUUCGGGCUGUCUCCAAGCCCGUUAAUUCUUUCUACAGUUUGUAGCAUUGUUUUGAAUCUUUAUCAUCUUAUGCGGGUUAAACUCAAACUCCAGCUGGAAGCGUUUUUCUCGUGUGUUCUUAUGAAGAUUGCGGUUAACAAACACGGAGCUUCGUAUCAACAACAGGAAGUUGCGAUGGAAACACUUGUCGAUCUUUGCAGGCAGCCGAGUUUUAUUCAUGAAAUGUAUGCUAAUUACGAUUGCGAUAUUUCCUGUAGCAAUUUGUUUGAAGAUCUCGCAAAUUUGCUAUCGAAGAGCGCGUUUCCGGUAAAUAGCCCGCUUUCUGCCAUACACGUUCUUGCUUUAGAAGGGUUAAUCGCAAUGAUUAGUGGUAUGGCGGAAACCAUGGGUGACGCUGAUCAGAUUCCGGUUCUAGAACCGGAUGCUUCAAAUCUCGAACAACGUGAAGCGUUUUGGAAUGUGAAAUGUGAAAGCUAUGAAAAUUCAGACUGUUGGGUACCGUAUAUUCAUAAGAUGAAGCACAUUAAGAAGAAGUUAAUGAUCGGGGUUGACCAUUUUAACCGGGAUCCGAAAAAAGGUUUUCAGUUUCUACAAGGAUCGUGCUUAUUGCCAGAAACGCUUGACCCGAUAAGUGUAGCGUGUUUUUUAAGGUACGCAAGUGGGUUAGAUAAGAAUCUUGUUGGAGAGUAUCUCGGGAAUCACGAUCAGUUUUGUGUCGAUGUGCUUCAAGAAUACGCAAAAACGUUCGAUUUUCAAGAAAUGAAUCUCGACACUGCGUUGCGGGUUUUCUUGGAAACUUUUAGAUUACCGGGAGAAUCGCAAAAGAUACAGCGAGUUGUGGAGGCGUUUGCUGAAAGAUAUUAUGAACAGUCACCUAACAUUUUUGCCAAUAAAGAUGCCGCUUUAUUAUUAUCAUAUUCUUUAAUAAUGCUUAAUACAGAUCAACACAAUACACAGGUGAAGAAAAAGAUGACAGAAGACGAUUUUAUCCGUAAUAAUCGGCGGAUAAACGGUGGAAAUGAUCUCCCGCGCGAAUAUUUAUCUGAGCUUUACCACUCGAUUUGCGAAAACGAGAUUCGAAUGACACCAGAACAAGGUGUCGGGUUUCCAGCCAUGACCCAUGAUAACUGGGUCGGGCUGAUUCACAAAUCGAGACAAACCGCUCCGUUUAUCGUAUGCGGGUCGGGAGAACAGAUCAACAACAAAAUGUUUGCUAUUUUGUCGGGCCCGACUGUUGCUGCUCUCUCUGUCGUUCUGGAUCUUGUAGAUCAAGAAACGGUGUUGCAAACGUGUAUUGACGGAUUCUUAAACGUUGCUAAGAUUGCUGGUUGUUAUCAUCUUGAUGAUGUUCUUGACGGGCUUUUAGUUUCUCUCUCUAAAUUCACAACGCUUUUGCUUCCGAUGUCGAUAGAAGACUCCAUUCUUGCUUUCGGUCACGAUUCCAAAGCGCAAAAGUCAACCUUAGCGGUUUUCACUAUAGCAAAUACGUACGGUGAUUAUAUACGUUCGGGCUGGCGAAACAUUCUCGAUUGCGUUCUAAGCUUACAUAAACUGGGUCUUCUUUCUGCUCGUCUAGGUCGUGAUGCAGCUGAUGAGUUGGAGUCAAAUUCCGAUGACUCGGUAAGAUCUUCAUUAGUCAACCCAGUCAAACCCGCAUUACCCCCAGCCCGGAAGUCAUUCGGGCUCAUGGGCCGAUUUAGUGAGUUUUUAUACUACGAUAUGGAAAAACCCGCUCCGCAACCUUCUGAAGAACAGGUUGAAGCUCAGAAACGGGCAACGGAAAUCGUUAACGAGUGUCGUAUCGAUAGUGUGUUUACCGAGAGUAAAUUUCUUCAAUCCGAGUCUCUUUUAAAUCUUUCGCGUGCCUUGAUCCUAGCUUCACACGAAGAUGAAAACGGUGCGGUUUUUUGUCUGGAAUUGCUGAUUACGGUUACGUUAAACAACCGCGAUCGAAUUAUGCUUUUAUGGCAAAAUGUUUACGAGUACAUAGCUAAUAUUGUCCAGUCAGCCGUGAUGCCGAGUACUCUAGUUGAAAAAGCGGUUUUCGGGCUCAUCAGAAUUUGUAGACGGUUGCUUCCGUAUAAAGAAGAAUUAACCGAUGACCUUCUUAAAUCACUUCAACUUAUUCUAAAACUCGAUGCGCGGGUGGCGGAUGCGUAUUGUGAACACAUUACACGGGAAAUUAUGCAUCUUGUUAAAGCAAACGCGGGUCAAAUAAAGUCUCAUUUGGGCUGGCGUACCAUCACUUCUCUCUUAUCAAUCACAGCCCGUCAUCCGGAAGCUUCCGAACCUGGAUUCGAGACUCUCGAAUUCAUCAUGCUGGAUGGAGCCCACUUGUUACCCGCUAACUUCGUGCUCUGUGUCAAUGCAGCCCGUCAGUUUGCUGAAUCUCGGGUUGGUGAUGUUUCAAGAUCUACCAAGUCGUUGGAUUUGAUGGCGGGUUCGUCAGUGUGUCUGGUCAAGUGGUCUCGUGAAGCGGUUGGGGAAGAACCUGAAACCGCGCUUCAACUUUAUCAAGAUAUUGGAGAGAUGUGGGUCCGGUUGGUUCAAAGUUUAAGAAAAGUAUGUAUCGACUCCAGAGAAGAAAUCAGGAACCAUGCGGUUUUGAUGCUGCAACAGUGCUUAACGGGUUUAGACGGUAUUCAUUUGCAAGACGAUGCGUGGGUACAAUGUUUUGAUUCGGUAGUAUUCCCGUUACUAACCGAACUGUUAGAAAUUGUCGAAGAAAAGUCGGCGAAAGAGUACCGAAACAUGGAAGGUACACUUAUUUUAUCCUUGAAACUAUUGUCAAAAUCGUUUUUACAUUCGUUACCGCGUGUAUCCAGUUCGGCAUUGUUUAGUAAAAUAUGGGUAGGUGUUUUAAGUUGUAUGGAGCAUUACACAAAGGUCAAAUUUAGAGGCAAAAGAAGUGAGAAAAUUCAUGAAUUAGUGCCUGAGCUUCUAAAAAACACACUGUUUGUCAUGAAAUCGACCGGAGUACUUUCACCAAACGCUUCGAACGGGCUAUGGGAGCAGACUUGGUUACAUGUAAAAGAUCUUGCACCUUCGGUGCAGUCAGAGGUGUUCCCUGAUGACGAACCACGAACCGUGGUUGCUGGUGCGGUUCCUGAGGUUAACAUAGUGGUUCCGUGAGGUGGGUUUGGUUUAAAUUUUGAUGGGCAGGAUGAGGAAAGAGUUAUAGUUGAGCAGGUUUUCUUAUGUUUGUAUACUUUAGUAGUUUGUUUGUAUAAGUGUUGGUCUUUUGUUUUGGUUUUGAUCUUUUACAUUUGUUGGCCUUUUGGUCCAUCAAAAGGAGAUAUAGUCCUCGAAACAUUAUAUAAACUUUGUAUUUUUUUGAACAUUGUGUUACAUCAUAAGGUGCAUCGUCUUUAGUUU